CACACAGACACACACACAGACACAGACACAGACACAGACACACACACACACACACACACACACACACACACACACACACACACACACUGUAAACCAGUAGAAGAAGAGCAGGAGAUGGAAGCAGUGAAGAGGUGGAGGUCAGACUGGAGGUAUCCAACUACUCUGCUGUGCAUUUAUGGAUUCUUCAGCACAGUUAAACCCCUGGAGCCUUUCAUCAUCCCAUACUUGACAGGACCGGACAAGAAUCUGACAACAGAACAGGUAAACAAUCAAAUCUUCCCGGUGUGGACGUACUCCUACCUGGCUGUGCUGGUGCCGGUCUUCCUGCUGACUGACUGGCUGCGUUACAAGCCUGUGGUGGUGUUCCAGUGCGUCAGCCUCUUCAUCACGACAGCAAUGCUCCUCUGGAUGGAAAGUGUACCAGCCAUGCAGGCCAUGCAGUUCUUCUACGGGGUGGUGACAGCCAGCGAGGUGGCCUAUUUCUCCUACAUCUACAGUGUGGUAGAUGUGAAGAGGUACAGGAAGGCCACCUCUUACUGCCGCAGUAUCCAGCUCCUGGGCUACACAGUGGGCUCUGUACUGGGCCAGCUUCUCGUCAGCUUCAACCUCAUGUCCUACAACAACAUCUUGGUGUUCACUCUAGUUCUCACUGCCAUCGCUCUCCUCACUUCCUGCCUCCUGCCAAUGCCACAGCAGAGCAUGUUCUUUCACCGCAGACAUACUGGACAAAAAACAGCAACAGAGGGAACAAAGAGGCAUAGUAGUGUAGGUGGGACUGGGGAUGCAGCAGAGCACACAAGAGGUUCAAAUGUAUCCCUGGAAGAAGUAAGAGAUGAGAAGGUGGAAAAAAGAGGAAAAACAGAGGAUGAAGCAAGAAAUGGUUUGGAUGAAAAAGAGCAUAAGGCUGAGGACCUUGAGGAGUCGGUUGGUGCAGAUAACUGCAGCAAAGUCCUCCUCCAGGUGUGGAGGGACUUCCGACAGUGCUAUGCCUCCAGACAGCUGCUGUACUGGUCAGUGUGGUGGGCGAUGGCCACCUGCGGCUAUAACCAGACUGUCAACUACGUGCAGGUGCUGUGGGAGCAUGCGCAGCCUUCUCAAAACUUCAGCAUCUACAAUGGAGGCGUGGAGGCAGUGUCCAACCUGUUGGGUGCAGCAACAGCCUAUGGUAUAGGCUUCACUGAGGUGAGGUGGGAACAGUGGGGGGAGCUGGCCCUGGGUGGUUUCUCUGGACUCGGGGCAGCAUCACUCUUCCUCAUGACUUUCAUCGGAAACAUCUGGGUCUGCUACGCCGGUUAUGUCAUUUUCAAGUGCCUGUACAUGUUGCUGAUAACUAUUGCAAUGUACCAGAUUGCAGCUGACCUGUCAAUGGAAAGAUAUGCACUGGUCUUUGGAGCAAACAACUUUGGAGCACUGGCUUUACAGACCAUCAUCACUUCUGUUGUGGUUGAUAGUAGAGGACUGGGCCUGGGCAUCAUUCCACAGUUCACCAUAUAUGCCAGCUACUUCUCAGUCAUCGCUGUUGUUUUUUCACUUCGGGGAGUGUUUACCAUUUGGAGAGCACAGAGAAGCAGCAAAGAGUCCACCUUUCCAGACAAAAAUGAACCUCCAGACUCUGAUGAACACAGAUUGUGA